GGUUGACGUCUCUGUGCCAGGCGAGACAGGCGCAUCCUCUGGCUGGACACCGGGCGCUCCAGGUCGGGACCCUGCACCCCUCGCUGCCGCCUCGCGCCCGUGCACCCGCCGGCAGCAUGGACAGGCUGAGUGUUAUAAAUAAACCUGCUUGACCCAGCAACUUGUGAUGAAGAUCCCAACUUUCAGAUCUGGGAGGAGCAUCCCUGGACCAGAAAGGCAAGAUGACUCCAAUUGCUGGACCAGCUCCUCCCGGAGCUCAGCUUGCUGCUCAAGUUGCUGGAUCAUGAAUACCUGAGCGCUACCACCAUGGAGAAGAAACUGGCCGUCUCCACUAUCCUGCAGAAGCUGCAGCCCCCUGCAGGGAAGGCUCUGGACUACAUGUACGCCAACACAGCAGCCCUGCAGAACAGCACCAGCUUCGUGGAGUCCCUCUUUGAAGAGUUUGACUGUGACCUGCGGGAUCUCCAGGAUAUGCAGGAGGACGAUGGGGACACCAGCGAGGGCAUUGGCUUGGAGCUCACAAGGAGCCAUCCAUCUAAAAAUGCUCCUAGGGACCCUCCUCCACCGCUUCCCACAACCCCCCCACCUGAAGAUUACUACGAGGAGGCCCUACCUCUGGGUCCAGGCAAGGCCCCCGAGUACAUCACCUCCCGCAGUGAGUCCAACCCUGAUAGCUCCAGUCCCCCCAACUCAAUCGAGGAUGGCUACUAUGAGGAUGCCGACAGCAACUACCCUGUUACCAGGAUGAAUGGGGAGCAGAAAAACUCCUACAAUGACUCUGAUGCGAUGAGCAGCUCCUAUGAGUCAUACGAUGAAGAGGAGGAGGAUGGGAAGGGCCAGCGGCUGACACACCAAUGGCCAUCAGAGGAAGCUUCUAUGAACUUGGUGAAGGACUGCAGGAUUUGUGCCUUCCUGUUGCGUAAGAAGCGCUUUGGGCAGUGGGCCAAGCAGCUGACGGUCAUCAAGGACAACAAACUUCUGUGCUACAAAAGCUCCAAGGACCGGCAGCCACACCUGGAGGUGCCCCUGAGCGCCUGCAGCGUCAUCUAUGUGCCCAAGGAUGGGCGCCGCAAGAAGCAUGAGCUGCGUUUCUCUCUGCCAGGGGCCGAGGCCCUGGUGCUGGCAGUGCAGAGCAAAGAGCAGGCUGAGGAGUGGCUGAAGGUGAUAAAGGAAGGGAGCAGUGCCAGUGGAGGAGGAACAGGUGGGACUGAAGCCCCUACAUCCCCUGUGCUACAUUGCAAGAUGGACCUUGACAAGAGGUUAUCACAAGACAAACAGGCAUCUGACUCUGACAGCGUGGCAGCAGGAGAGAACUGCACCCCCAUGAGCCGAAGGGAGCACGGGAAAGGCAAGAAGAGCGGCUUGGCUGAACUGAAGGGCUCAGUGAGCCGGGCAGCAGGGAGGAAAAUCACCAGGAUCAUCAGCUUCUCCAAAAAGAAGCCGUCCCCUGAGGACACGCAGACGUCCUCCACCGAGGAAGACCUCCCCUGCUGUGGUUACCUGAAUGUCCUGGUUAACCAGUGCUGGAAGGAGCGUUGGUGUUGCUUGAAAGGCAACACGCUCUAUUUCCACAAGGACCGCUCCGACCUGCGGACGCACGUGAAUGCCAUCGUCCUGCGUGGCUGCGAGGUGGUGCCAGGCCUGGGCCCUAAACACCCGCUUGCUUUCCGCAUCCUUCGCAGUGGGCAGGAGGUCUCUGCCUUGGAGGCAAACUGCUCUGAAGAUCUGGGCCGCUGGCUUGGCAUCCUGCUGGUUGAGACUGGCUCCCAGAAAACCCCGGAGGCCUUGCACUAUGAUUACGUGGAUGUAGAGACAAUAGCCAACAUAGUCACUGCUGUGCGACACUCCUAUCUGUGGGCCAGCGCCUCCCACGAGAGCCAGGCUGACUCCUCCCGGGUGGUGUAUGAUGACGUCCCCUACGAGAAGGUGCAGGUAGAGGAGCCACCGCGGCCGUCCGGGGCCCAGGUGAAGCGCCAUGCCUCGUCCUGCAGUGAGUCGUCACGCCGUGUGGACCCGCAAGUCAAAGUCAAGAGACAUGCAUCAAAUGCCAACCAAUACAAGUAUGGGAAGAACCGGGCUGAGGAGGAUGCCAGGAUGUUCCUGACGGAGAAAGAGAAGCUGGAGAAGGAGAGAGCUUCUAUCCGGAAUGAGCUGGUGACCCUGCGGAAGGAAAAGAGGGAGCUCCGGGAGGCCAUGAAAAGCAGCACAGGGAGGAAGCUGAAGGAGCUGGAGGAGCGGGUGGCGGCCCUGGAGGAGCAGUGCAAAGGGAAGGAGGAGCAGCGCGUGGACCUGGAGCUCAAGCUGACGGAGGUGAAGGACCGGCUGAAACAGUCGCUAGCAGGAGGGCCGGCUCUGGGGCUCAUCAUGACCAGCAAAGCUGAAAAUGGGGAGACUGGCAAUAAGCCGAAUGGGAACCCCACAGAGCACUUGGUCCCAGUGAACUGUGCAGCAGAAAUGAGGAAGAGGAGCCCCUCCAUCCUCCCUGCCAACAAGGGGAAAGUGCUGCAGAAGGCCAAGGAGUGGGAGAUGAAGCAAACCUAACUGGGGCAGCCAGGCCUUGCCUGCAGCAAACAGACUCGGGCCCUGGGACACACUGAAGAGCCAUGAGCCCCUUUUCCCCAGGGAGAGUGGAAGAGGAUUCUAGCGAGCCUGGAUCUCCAGCAGGGGGAUGGGGGCAUGGGGAAAGCACCCACCUUCCAAGGGUGGGGACAUUUGGCAAGCAGACAA